GAGGCAGUUGGACAAGUUUGUGGCUGAGCCGGUUUAUCCAGUGUCGAAGAUGGGAAGUUACUUGUCUGCCCCAGCUUACUUCGCUCCCAAGGAUCCCUUUCGGUGCUCUGAAUGUCAGGAUCCCCUCACUAACUGGUACUAUGAGAAAGAUGGGAAGCUGUACUGUCACAAAGACUACUGGGGGAAGUUUGGGGAAUCCUGCCAUGGCUGCUCUCUGCUGAUGACUGGACCUGUGAUGGUGGCUGGCGAAUACAAGUAUCACCCCGAGUGCUUUGCUUGUAUGAGCUGCAAAGUGAUCAUUGAAGAUGGGGACACUUACGCACUGGUGCAACAUUCCACUCUCUACUGUGGAAAAUGCCAUAACCAGAUUGUGCUGACACCGAUGAUAGAAAAACACUCCACUGAGUCUCUGCGUGAGCAGCUGCCUUAUACGUUGACCCUCAUCUCCAUGCCGGCAGCUACGGAUGGCAAGAGGGGGUUCUCCGUGUCUGUUGAAGGUGGCUGCUCCAGCUAUGCCACUGGUGUCCAGGUGAAAGAAGUUAACAGGAUGCACAUCAGCCCAGAUGUCCGAAACGCCAUCCACCCUGCAGAUCGUAUCCUGGAGAUUAAUGGAGCUCCUAUUCGUACAUUACAGGUGGAGGAGGUGGAGGACCUGAUUCGCAAGACAAGCCAGACACUUCAGCUGCUGAUAGAGCAUGACCCUGUCUCACAGCGCUUAGACAGGCUUCGUUUGGACUCCCGUCUUCCCACCCACAUAAAGCCGCCCAUUUCCCCACGCUCCCUCUCCCCACUGGACAUCAAGGAGAAUCUGGAAGGAACGCUCCGACGACGCUCCCUCAGGCGAAGUAACAGCAUUUCUAAAUCUCCUGGCCCCAGUUCUCCAAAGGAACCGCUUCUUCUGAGCCGUGACAUCAGUCGUUCUGAAUCCCUACGUUCCUCUUCUAGCUGCUCCCAGCAAAUCUUCCGGCCUUGUGACCUGAUUCAUGGCGAAGUACUAGGAAAAGGAUUUUUUGGACAAGCCAUCAAGGUGACUCACAAAGCAACAGGAAAGGUGAUGGUGAUGAAGGAGCUGAUUCGCUGUGAUGAGGAAACACAGAAGACUUUCUUGACAGAGGUGAAAGUGAUGCGCAGCCUGGAUCACCCCAAUGUGCUGAAGUUCAUCGGUGUACUGUACAAGGACAAGAAGCUGAAUCUCCUCACUGAGUACAUUGAGGGGGGCACCCUGAAGGACUUCCUCCGCAAUGCGGACCCGUUUCCCUGGCAGCAGAAGGUCAGCUUUGCCAAAGGAAUUGCCUCUGGAAUGGCUUACUUGCACUCCAUGUGCAUCAUUCACAGAGACCUGAAUUCACACAACUGCCUCAUCAAGUUGGAUAAGACGGUGGUGGUGGCUGACUUCGGUCUGUCUCGGCUGAUUGUGGAGGAAAGAAAAAAGCCCACUUUGGAGAAGCCAUCUGCCAAGAAACGAACCCUACGCAAGAGUGACAGGAAGAAGCGCUACACGGUGGUUGGCAACCCGUACUGGAUGGCCCCAGAAAUGCUGAAUGGACAGAGCUAUGAUGAGACAGUGGACAUCUUCUCAUUUGGGAUUGUUCUCUGUGAGAUCAUAGGCCAGGUUUAUGCUGACCCGGACUGUCUCCCACGCACACUGGAUUUUGGCCUCAAUGUCAAGCUGUUCUGGGAGAAGUUUGUUCCUGCUGCUAUUUGCUGCAGACUGGAACCAGAGAGCAGGCCCCCUUUUUCCAAGCUGGAAGAUUCCUUUGAAGCUCUGUCUCUCUACCUGGGAGAGCUUGCCAUCCCACUUCCAUCCGAGCUGGAGGAGCUGGACCACAACGUGAGUGUGCAGUAUGGACUGAACCGUGACAAGCUACCUGAAAACACAACCUAGUCAGCGCGUCCUGCUGCCUGCACCACCUCGUUGGAGUCGAGAUGAGCGACAGGGAGGGAGAUGCACUUCAGCCACUUCCAGGGCAUUAACGGGGCACCACACUGUGUUUGCUGCAUUGCCUCUCUCUCUCCUCACCCAAUACCCCUCCUCUUGGACAUCCUGAUUCACUGUGGAUUUCUGGCAUGUUUCAGAAGCAAAAUGGGCUGUUUCCUGACAAUUGCACCUAGGAAAGCUGCUCAACACUAUUUUUCUGGCUUGAGAAAUGUUCCUCUGGCCUUUUCAGGCUUCUUUACUGUGGUGCCUUAGAACUUGGCUGCAAGCUGUGAAGCCACCCCAGCCUGUGUGCCAGGGAGGGAAUUGCUAUAGGAGACUGUCCUCAGCAAGGACCAGCGCUUCCGGAACUGCUUCUCCCACUGACUACCCUGCUCAGAAGGCUGGGGAAAUUGGACAUCCGGCAAAAGGCCCCACCAGGACAGCG